UGAUGUGUUGGUUGGAUCGCAACCUUUAUGCAAAAAUUGUAAUUCAAAUGUAUUGGAAAACUCAUGCGAUCCCGACACAAUUACUGUAAAAUGUCAAUGUGGUGAAAGUAGCUCAAAAUUAAAACUACGAGGCGUAUCUCAGUCUCAAACAUCUGUUCAACCUGCUCAACCAACAUCAGAUCUUCCAACGCCACCAACUGGUCCAACUGGCCCAACUGGUCCAACUGGACCGACCGGACCUGUAGGACCUACUGGUCCUACACUUGGAAAUAGUACUGACCCUCCUUCAGCGGGGACCGGUGGUACUGCUGGGACAGCAGGGACAUCCGGUACUUAUGGGCAAGCAGGGAAAGCCGGGUCUAGUCCUGGCACUGGAUCUGAUCCUAGCAGUGGGUCUAAUGCUAGUAGUGGGCCUAAUCCUAGUAGUGGAUCUAAUCCUAGUAGUGGAUCUAAUCCUAGUAGUGGAACUAAUUCUAAUAAUGGAAAUGAUGAAACAGGAACAACAAAUUCUGCCCCUAAUCCUAGUCCCAAAUCCAAUUCAAUAGCCGCAGGAAUUUUAGGUUCAAUAAUCUCAUUAAUCAUUGCUGCAGGAAUAAUAAUAUAUUAUCGUCGCAGACGUGUAAAAUCCAAAGAAAAUUCUAUUGAAUUAUCCAUGAGUGAUAAUUCUGAUAUGUUCUCAAAUGUUGCUACGGGUGCAAAAAGUGCUGAAGAUAAUAAUAGUGCAUUAAGCAAUAUAAUGAUAACAAAAGUUAGCAGUGUUAGGGUUCUUCAUGACUCUGAUGAUUAUAGUGGUAGAAAUUCAAGCACAACUGUCGGUUUGAUUUCUAACGGUGAUGAUGGCGAUGAGUUCAUUUCUGACGCUUACCCCAUCAAGCUUGUUGAUGAUGUCGCCUUUGAAGUUGAUUGUCAGGUAGUUUCAGUCAAAGAUGGUGUUGAUAUAGAUAUCGGUGCAAAUCCUUCAGCCGAGGAGCAAGAAGAGGCUCUUGAAGAUAACGUAACUCAAGUUAAUAAUGUUGUCCAUGCCUUUCGUCUUCAAGAAACCCAGUUCGAUAAGAAAUCCUACACAACUUAUCUUAAGGGUUAUAUGAAAGAACUUUCUAAGCACGUUAAAGAAAAUUGUCCUGACAAAGACAUGCAGGAAUGGCAAACUAAAAUCAAUUACCAAUUUUUUACUGGUGAGAGUUUUAGGCUGGAUGGUAUGAUUGGAUUACUCAAUUAUCGCGAGGAUGGAAUCACUCCUUACUUUACGUUCUUUAAAGAUGGUCUGGACGAAGUUAAAGUGUAA